CCGAGCAUGCAGGGCACCGAGUGAGGGACGUGAGGCCUUGUGAAACGCACCGGCUGCCCAUGAACCUCCUCGUAUUUACGUUUAUAACUUAACAUUUACGUGAGAUUUCACUGUAGUUACUGCUAGUGGUGUUGCUGUGCCUCUUUGGCAGCAGCAUUACCAAGGAUUUACGAUUGGGGAAGCCAGUUCAACGGAAGUUUGUCACAGGUUGAAAGGUAUGAGGGAACCAAUGUAGGAAUCCUGUGGUGGGACUGCCUGAGGGAUCAGGAAUGGGAUUCCUGACCUGAAACUGUCGAGGAAACCUUCCAACUCGACUUGGGUGAAGGCAGGAAGAAAAAAAUCUGUGCUUUUUGCCUAGCUGCAUCAGAGUUGCCUGUCUGCAUACAACAUACUCAGUACUCAUCUUUACAGUAACCAACAAACAGAAAUGAGAAGCUGCAAACCUGCAAAGCAUCUUCUCUAGGAAGAAAGAUACCCUCAUUUUGAAUGAAUGUUCUCACAGUCUGAAGAGAUUGAUUUUUGUGAAAGAAAGAUUUUACCUUUUUUUGUUUUCAUAAGAGGCAGAAAGGAUUCAUAGAACAAGCAUUUUGAAACCGAAGCUUAUACAGCUUGACAGCCCCUGGGCUUUUAUAAUAAAUGUCCCGAUGUAAACUGCAUCUUCCAUUUUAUAACUUUGUUCUAUAAAGUGGGCUAAUAGUGAGCUAAUUUCUUCUUGUCAUGGCACUCCUUUCUCAAACUAGUCAACAUUGUUUUCAGGCUUUGCUAUGGAAAUGUCGUAUGUUUUGGCCUGUUUCAAGAUGCCAACAACUGUUUGCUGUCUCUUUUAGCAUCCCCAGUAGGGAAAAGGCUAGCUAUUUCAGUUAUAUGACGUCUUCCAGCACUGCGUUACCAGUGGAUCCCAAAGGAACUGAUGUCUUUCCUACCAAGAAAAGGUCUGAAAUUGAUUAUGAAGAAGAAAAAAAAGGAUGGGAUGAGGAGACUAAAGAAAUAUCUGAAGGGAAACUCCACUUUUCUUCCUCUGUUGGAGCUCCAAAGAAACGGUUAAUGAGUCAAGUUCUGUCAAGGCAUAAAUUUACCAACAUACAGCCUCCAGAAAAACCUUUGCAGGCUGAGGAAUGGAACAGACUGAGGGAAAGCUUUCAGUCACCUGCCGUAUUUGAAGAAGUGAUGUUUAACAGUAUGAUCAGGUGCAACAGCCCCAUUGAUGUGGCCAAGUCCUUGCUGACCCAUGUGGCAAAGAAUAAUGGUGACAUUGCCUAUAAUUUGUUGCUCAAAUAUCUGGCAUUGUGUGUCCAGCAGGGGCAGACUUCAGAAAUUCAUGAUGUGUAUGAGAUAAUGAAAAUAAAAUUUAAGAUUUUAGAAAGUGGGGCUUACAACCUUAUUAUCAGGGGGCUGAGUAAUUCAGAUCAAUGGAGAAUGGCUUUGACUCUUUUGGAAGAAGUAAAAAAGAUUAUGAUUCCCUCACGGACUAACUAUGAAUGCUGUAUCAAAGCAGCCGGCCGUCACCAAGAAAUGAACCUCGCAUUUGAACUUUACCAUGAAAUGUUGACUAAGGAUUUGGUGCCAACUCUGGAUGUCCUGCAGGCCUUUUUUGACUUCAGCAGGGGUAUGAAAGGUGCCAAGUUACAAAAAGAGCUGUUUGGUGUCCUCUUAUAUUUGAGAGACAACCAAAUAUACCCUCACAAAAUGUUUAUGCGGAGUAUAAAGCUAUGGUUUGAAAGUAUACCAGGAGGGAACUGGAGAGGACAGCUGACCAACAUUAAAGACAGCGGACAGUGCCCAGUUUGCAACCAUCAGUUGGAGGAUAGUGACCUCACUGAAGAGGAGUAUGAUAAUCUCAGAGAAAGAAUAAUAAGAGACGUGAUACACGGAACUGACAUGUUUAGAAAGACAAGCCCACAGGAAUUUGAAGCCUUUCAAACAUUUGUGGAAAACCGACUUCCAUUCGAUAUUGUUAUUGAUGGACUCAAUGUUUCCCACAUAAAACCCAGAAAGAUGCAGUGUGAAAAUCUAUUUGAUGCUGUCAACUGCCUGGCAAAAGACAAUGCCCGGUUGCUUGUGCUCGGCCGCAAACACAUGCUGAUUAAUUCUUCCAAUUGGAAAAGAGAGAUUAUGAAGGAGAUGCAGAAUAAGGCAGACUUCUUCUUUGCUGAAAAUAUCUCUGAAGAUGAUGCCUUCUUGUUAUACGCCACUCUUCGAUCAGGCAAGCAUUGCAAGUUUGUUACUAGAGACUUCCUCCGGGAUCAUAAGGCUUGCCUUUCCGACAGUCUGACACGUCAUCUGUUCCGUAAGUGGCAGCGUGGACACCAAAUAGAGUUUUCCCCUUCUGUAGAAGGAAAGCGUAUACAUUUUUUGCCUGCUUUCCGUUAUGACUGUGUGGUACAGACUACAGGUGAUACAUGGCACAUCCCCUAUAAAGACAUUUCUGAGGAAAAAUAUUCAUAUCGAGUACCAAGAAAAUGGCUCUGCAUUCAACAGAAAUGAUGAAGAAUGUAAUUGGACAAGCUGAAGCUACUUUUUUUAAUCACUGUUGCUGACUAGGAGAACUCAGUAGUACAAUUAUGGGAUUAAUGUGUGAGGCCUAUAACUAAAGGAAAGUCAGUAACUGUGUUUUGUCAAAAUCAUUCCUGCAGUAAAUCUGUUAACAUCAAUGGUGGUCUGGCAGGGAUGAAUUAGGUCUGUUAUUUCCAUCUUUACAGGCAAUUUCUGUAGCCUCUCAAUGUGUUUUGAAUUAAAACUUGUUUUUCCCUCUUGGAAUUUCAGGUUGUGUUUUUGAUCUUUUUUUUUCUCUGAAGCUUUUAAUCUACACUGAAAUUCAUAAAAUUUGUACUUCAAAGAAAUUGAGCGGGACUUCCAAACUACCUUCAAAAUGGGCAUAGCUGACCUUGCAACGGUGUCACACAGUGUCAUUAGCCAAUAAAUGGAGCUAACAGGGCCAAAUGAUAUGUUUACCGUUUGCAGACACGCACAGCCUUAAUACUUUGUCAUGCUAACUAGAAUUAAUUUGAUCACAUAGAAUGCAAAAGAUUUGUUGUAGCAACAUAUAUUAAGAUUUUGAUUGGAAGAAUUAGGAGACAACCAGUGGGAUAUUGUGUGCCUCUCGCACUCUUCCACACUCUUAAAUUUGCUGUUUCUGACAGGGUUUCAUGGCACCAGAACACAACUAGAAAUUCUUACAGGCAGUAAUAGGAUAAAACUGAAUUUUGUACAGAUAUUUUUAUAAAACCUAUCCCAAGUUAUAAAUAAAGCAAGAACAAUAGUGUACCUUACAGGAAAGGUGUUCUAAGUUAUUAUUUAUAAGUGUUUGUAUGGUAAAUGUGUUCAUUUAUCACACUUACCACUUUAAUGCAAACUUUUCUCGCCAAAAAACAUGGAAAUGCCACAUUAAUCUCAGAUGAAAGAUCAUGUUUUUGUGACAUUUGUCUUGCACACUGAAAAAUCCUCAGUUUGAAGUCUGAAUCAUACAGAUUUUUUUGUAUAGUAUUUGCAGUUCUGAGCUGUUGCAGUGUCCCAUGACAAGCUGUCUCAGGACUCUUAGCAUUCAAGCAUGUUCCCUGCUGGUUUUUUCACAUCAGAGAGCUAUCCUGACGUUUUCUACUCCUGGUUUGUAAAACAGCAGGUGUAAUUUCCAUGCAUUCAUGUCCUUCAGGUACUGUGCAGAAGGUGUAGAGGAGCUGGAUACCUCUAAGGUAACCUAGAACCUUGGUUUUAAGUUCAUCAUGAUGUUGGUAGCAUUCAUCACAGACACCUUUUCUGACAGAACAUGCCAGUUCCUAUGUGUCAUCUGCUUUCUGGAGUCUGCCAGGGGAAAGCAGAGAGAUUGGAUAUUCUUCUCUCACUCCUCAAACCGAUUUACUUCUAAUUUGUCCGAAGAUUGUUUUUACAAUUCUCUAAGUCAGAGAACUGCCACAUCUCCUUGAAAAUGCUGCAUUGGGUCUGGCUGAGAUGGAGUUAAUCUUCCCCUCAGCAGCCCUCACAGUGCUGCACUGUGUAUUGGUAGUGAGCAAGGUGUUGGUAACACACCAGCGUUUUGGCUCCUGCUGAACCGUCCUGACACAGCACUGAGAGCCUCUCACCAACAAGGGGGUGGGCAAGAUCUUGGGAGGGGACACAGCCAGGACAGCUGACCCUAACUGACCAAAGGGAUAUUCCAUGCCAUGUGAUGUCUGCUCAGCAAUAAAAAGCUGAGAGAAAGGAGGAGGAAAGAGGGGGCAUUCAUCAUUUGCAGCGUUUGUCUUCCAGAGUAACUGCUAUGUACUGAAACCCUGCUUCCCAGGAAGUGGCUGGUCGUUGCCUGCAGAUGGGAAGUAGAGAAUAAAUCUUUUGUUCUUCCUUUGCUUCCACACAUGACCUUUGCUUUUGCUUUAUUCAACUGCCUUUAUCUUGACCCACAAGGUCUUUUUCCAUCUUAUUUUCUCUCCCCUGCCCCGCAGAGGAGGGGAGUGAUAGAGCGGCUUGGUGGGCACCUGGCCUCCAGCCAGAGUCAACCCACCAUAACACAAAGGUAGUUAUAUUGUUAAAGUGUCUUCCCCUGUACAGGACUGCUUAGUUAGCAGCCGUUGCUCUGUAUGAGGGUUACUUACCCUCUUAAGUUCUGCAGCAGCACAAGCUGAUCUGAAUCAGCGCUGUUACAGUCCCAGGUUGGGACUAGCUCUGGUGGUCAUGCGGUCCUAAGCAAUUCAGAGCUGGGUCAGCUGAACGCAAACCCCUUAAAACAUUUGUUUUGGCUAGGUCAAAAUUGGCGUUGUUGUAUGGAACUAGCACCAUUGCACAUGUACUGGUUCCUGUGUGGGAGGGGGGCUGAAACGUCAGCCUGCAGAAAGUGGGCACCUGCAGCUCUGCCUUGGGUCGGCUUUAGCUGACCGGAAACUGCACCUUGUCCUGGUUCUGGCAAGGAUAGAGUUAAUUUCACAAAGAGCCAGGACAGGUGAGCCGAGCUGGCCGGGGGCUAUUCCAUACCUUGUGACAUCAUGCUCACCAUAAAGGGGGCCGGUCGGGCAGGGGCGGGUUCGGUGUGGCUCUGGGACAGGCUGAGCGGCCGGUCGGUCGGUCGUCGGAUCGGUAAAUUGUUCUUUGUUAUCACCCAUUGUGAAUAUCUGUUAUCAGCACUGUUGUUGAUUGUUUCCCUCUCCCUUGCUGUCCCAGUAAACUGCCCUUAUCC